GGCUCAAAUUUCAUUUCUUGUUGUGCUUUUUAACGUAUUUCGUAGAAUGAUUCUUUGUGCUCUCUAUUGUUUUGUCCAAUAUCUUUUAUCAUUUCCCACUCCCUCUUCUUCUAUCUCUCGGGAUUUCCCUGAGUUCUUUUCUUCCGUACCUCCUUCUGGCGCUUAUGAUUCAUAUUUUCACAAUUAAGUUGAAAAUAAUUAUAAAAUCUCUUCAUUUGUUUCUGUCAAAACGUUAUUUGUUCUGCUAUAUCCAAGUGUGACAUAUGAAAAUAUUGCUUGUUUAUGGGAUGAAACCCCCCCUUUUCACUGGGUUAUGUUUUCGGAAGGGAGGGUGGUGCAGAUGGGGUGUUUGAGAUGACGGAGCCACCCAGUUGUGUAAAGGAUCAAUGGAAUUUAUGUUUGUGUUCAUAUUUUUAACCAAAAUAUUUACAACUGUUGCGUGCAAAUGUGUUAGCAAGGGAGGGCAGGAGUCGGCAUUUAAUUUAUUGCUCAUGGAUGGAAGUAGUUUAUUACCGGCGCCUGAAACUAAUAUAGCAGCUCUGAAAGAAGCCCUUUAUACACAGCAACAUCUUCUGCAAACCCUUUAUGCCGAGCUAGACGAGGAAAGAGAAGCCUCAGCCACUGCAGCCAGCGAAGCUUUAUCUAUGAUAUUGCGGUUGCAAGGUGAAAAGGCUUCACUGAAGAUGGAAGCAAGCCAAUAUAAGAGAAUGGCAGAGGAAAAGAUGUGUCAUGCAGAAGAGGCCCUGGCAAUUGUAGAAGACCUCAUUUAUCAGAGAGAAAUGGAGAUUGCAUCUCUUGAAUACCAAGUUCAGGCUUAUAGGUACAGACUUUUAAGCAUGGGCUGUAAUGAUUUGUGUGUGUACGAGAAUACUUAUCCAGAGAAUCUGUUAAUGCAAAGAAACGAUCCUUUAUUUGGGGAAAAUGGUGCCAAUGGAAAUGUAAGGAGAUUCAACUCUCCGCCUCAGGUUUCAACCAAGGAUGCCAGUUACAAUAAAAGUGAUAUUGAAAGGAAAAAAUCUAUAGUCCCUGUGCUAGAUACAAUGCAAAUGAAUGCGGAGGAAAUUGCAAUUCGAGAAGCUAAUGAUUUAGAGAAGAAAUCAGGGAGCCCUUCUGGUGCACACGUUGGUUCAUAUUGGGAGCAGAUCAAAAGGUUGGAUGAACGGGUAAAAGAGAUUUCUGACGACAAAGAUCCCAGUAGGAAAAACUCUGCAAUCUGGAAGGGUGGCACUUGGUCUCCGUCAUUGUUUUCACAAAUGGGCACUGGCACAUCUGGCGAUCUAACAAGAACGGAAAAUUCUACUCAUUCAGACAAAGUUAAACAGCAUCAGGAUUCACGGGAAAGUGUUCAGGAUAUUUUUGAAGUCCCACAAACUAUCGAGAGUUGCAAAGUUUCUGAACAUCUUGUGAAAGAACGUCACAAAAUGACUUUGGAAGGUGAAAACAGGCUUCAAAAGCCAGAUAUGGUAUCUGAGGAUAUUCUGAUAACGCCUAAUAAGGAUGAAAGAGACCUGGUAAAGGCAAUGGUGCUUUCCACUGUCCAUGAGAAGAAAUUGCCUAAGCCAAAAGAUCGGGCAAGUUUUCACCGCAAUGCGUCUCCUGUGAGCCGCCCAGCAAUUAGUGUAAGCAAUUCUCAAGCUGAGUAUCAACAGCUGAGUCAGAGAGUUGAGAGGCUUGAGAGAGUAAGAAACAAUACAAGUCAAGAAAUUAUUUCUGAAGGGGAAGAGGAACUGAAUUUGUUGAAGGAGAUACGAGAACAACUCAAUUCAAUACAGUCUGAGAUCAGAAGUUUGAAAAAAACAAAAAAUCCCCAUGCUGCAGACAAGCAACCUUUAGAUCUUCUCCAAGAGGCAAUGCUGUACUUUUGGUUUUAAUUCGAGCAAUCAAGUUCUUACUGCCUUAAUCACCGAUUUUUUAUGAAUUUCCGGGUUCUGAUACACCUGCAACAAGGGCUACUUUGUAAGGAUGAUGUUUUGAUCUUGAAUAGAGUGAAUAUUAUACAGUAAGUUUGUGGAUUUUUUUUAUUUGAUUUGUUGUACAAAACAUAUUCAAUGUAAAUGUUGCUAAGUUAACAUCAAUCACAGAAGAAGUUUGAUUUCAAUAGGAUGUCUUAGGCAUGCUGUCAUUUUUAUUUUGUUUUCUCACCUAAUAUUGGGAUGAUGAUUGUAAACUAUAUUCUAUACAACUAUCUCCACUUUGCUCGA